GCUGUGCCCAAGCUCUCAAAAUCUCCGCCGCACCCGGCGACGAUGAUGGCAUUAUUCUUCAAGCUCCCUCGUUAGGGAAGAGUCUCGUGGCACAUCAAGUCUUUGAACGCUUUUUAACUUUCGGUUCGGUCGCCUCGAUAGUCACUUUGCAUUUCAUCCUUGAUAACUGUUCGUGAAUCAUAUGGAGACCUGGGCUAGGAUAUUCCCCCCAGAACAAGCUACUGCAGCCGAGUGCACACACUUGCAGCCAACGAUGCUGUGCUUAGCUUGUGUAUGUACGGAUAACAUGAUUCUCAAUGUAGUGCAUUACUUUUUAGCGCUUGUUGCACACCGACAUCAAUGGCCAGAUAAAAGAUGCUGCAAAGCCCUGCAUAACAUCCAUCUAUCAAAGAUGAACAAGAUCCUCCAAUGCCAAAAGACCUUCACCGCCAGCUCCUUUUCAGCCCAAAACUGCAACUAAUGCACACGGUCCGUGAGGAUCAUUUCGUGAUAUUCGGAUUGACUUGUCGCAUUCUCGAGUUGAGGAGGCUCAAGAUAUCAAGUAUAGUACCACCGCUUCCGAAUUCAGAUCAUGGUCUGCUGCCUUCUUGUCGACCCCCGAUCGAGCUUCACCCAUGCUAUGCGAAGUCAACGUCCUUGAAACAGAAGCUGAGUAAACUGUCCGGGCCUGAUCAUCUUGGAUUCAAGGCGGUUCGGGACGAUCGACUAUGCCGAGUUCUCCCUACUAGCUACGGUCCGGCAGCUAAGCUUGGACUGUACCGAGGCAACCAACAACGCACUAAUCUCGCCAAACUGCCAUACAACGUGAUUAUGAUUCAGCUUUGCCUUGUGCUUUGACAAUCACGUUAUGUUGCGUAUUCGUUAUUUGCUUUUGAGUCACCGUUGAUUCUUCUUCUGAAGAGACCACAAUGUGCUCUCCUUUUAUUUGAAGUGAUGGCAUCUCGUUUAGCUCGACAUGACAGUGGUCAUUUACGAAUAAAAGUGACAACUCACAACUCAAGACCUACUAAUUUCGCAAGUCUCCUGAGUAUGUAAUUACGACGAUACCAUCCAAGUUAUUAAAGUCCAUCAAUAGCUGUCAUGAUGGAAAACCCUUAAGAUCCUCAGCUUGAGACAAGCCACACAUCAUGACCUCAGCCUCCCCCACCACAGCCACUUCGGGGUAAGAGACGGGACUCGAUGGCGGGGAGCCGAGAACGGGAGGGGACGGCUUUCAGCGGUUGGGCCAUUAGAGAAAGAUUCCGAGCUGUGCUGGAAGCACGGAAUCCCAAGUCCGUAGCGUUGGGAUAAGAAUACAAUCUUCUCAACAAUUAAACAGCAUCUCUCUUGCUUCAUCUUGGCUUCCAUAAACCACUCAAUCCCUCCCUUGACUGUGUCUAUUGCUUCUUACACACCAUCGUCUCAUUGGUAUCUCAACUCCUCGGAAUCGUCACUAUUCCCCAACAAUCGUCUUUCCGAGGGCUUGGUUGACCUUUCAGUCUCCCUUACUUUCCGUUCCAAUGCCCGUCAUGUCGAUUGACAAACUUGCACCUUCUGCUGCGGCACCUCCUUCUGAUGAUAAUGUCCUCUGGAGGCAUUCGGAUCCAAAGUCCACUCACAUGUGGAAGUUUCUUGAGCACGUGAACAAGAAGCAUGGUUUAAGUCUCGAUGGUUACCCAGCACUAUACAAGUGGUCUAUCGAUGAAGUUGCUCAGUUCUGGGAGGAAGUUUGGCAUUUUGCUGGUGUUACGGCUUCAAAGCCUUUUGAAGAGGUAUGAAGCCAAGUUAUGAGAGGGGCGUCUCAAGUGAGAGGCUCACCAGGCUCAAGAUGAGCUCAACAACUCCAGAACUCAACUAAACACCUCUGCAGGUCCUUCCUAAGAAUGCUCCUAUGUACCCCCGGCCAGACUUCUUCUCGGGCUCACGUCUUAACUUCGCCGAGAACCUCCUCUUUCCCGCAACCUCUCCACUUCCCGAGCCCACUGCUCCAGCCGUUAUCACUGUUACCGAGUUGCCAAACUCCACAGUGACUACUUCAUGGGCCGAGUUGCGUGAGGCAGUCCGUCGUUGUUCUAAUGCCCUGCGUGCAGCUGGUCUUAAGCCCAAUGAUGUUGUUGCGGGUUUCGUCUCAAACCAUGUUGAAGCGCUGGUUGCUAUGCUUGCUGCCGCCUCAGUCGGCGCCAUUUGGACUGGUAUAAGUCCUGAUAACGGUGUCUCAGCUGUGCUGGACCGUCUGAACCAGAUUGCGCCCAAGGUGCUAUUUGCCGAUAACGGCACAGUCUACAACGGCAAGGAGUGGUCUAGUGUGACAAAGACGACUGAGAUUGUGGCUGCGUUGAAGGACAAGGGGCUUGAGAGAGUAGUUGUGAUUAACAACAUCAGCUCUGGUGGACUUGGUCUUGAGGAGCUUGAGAAGCAUGGCGUGUUGGCUGUCGAUUACGCCAAGAUGCUCGAGUCUGCUUCUGAGGACCCCCUGAAGUUCGAGCAGCUUCCUCCAGCUCAUCCCCUCUACGUCCUCUACUCCAGUGGUACAACUGGCCUCCCCAAGGCCAUUGUUCAUACAGCUUUAGGUACGCUUCUGCAGCACAAGAAGGAGCAUCUUCUUCACUGCUCACUCGACUCCUCAUCUCGAAUGCUCUACUAUACGACUACCUCCUGGAUGAUGUGGCACUGGAGCAUCGGAGCUCUUGCCGUGGGCUCUACCAUCAUUGUCUACUCUGGCUCUCCUUUCCGCCCCCAUGGUCAUCUCUCACUCCCACGUCUCCUCUCUGACCUCAAGGUCACUCACUUCGGUACCUCGGCCGCCUACCUGACUGCACUAGAGGCCAAUAACGUUUACCCUGUCCGUGAUGAGUCGAUUGAUCUUUCAAACCUGAAGGCUAUUUACUCCACUGCUUCACCUCUCCCCCCAUCGACCUUCAAGUUUAUCUAUGAAGCCUUCCCCAAGCAUAUCAACCUCGGCUCGAUUACCGGUGGAACAGACAUUAUCUCACUAUUCGGAGCGCCUUGCCCACUACUCCCUGUUCGCGUUGGCGAGAUCCAGUGCGCUGGUCUUGGGAUGGCUAUCCGUGCUGUUGACUCUGUCACGGGCGAGCCCAUCAAGGCCGACGAGCCAGGUGAUCUUGUCUGCAUCAAGCCAUUCCUUUGCCAACCCCUGACCUUUUUCGGUCCUAGCGGCGAGGCCAAGUAUCAAUCAGCCUACUUUGAGAGGUUCGAAAACAUCUGCGGCGUUGAGGGCGCAGUAUGGCACCACGGAGAUUUCGUCAAGAUUCCCGACCCUGCAACCGGCAGUCUUGUCAUGCUUGGACGAUCAGAUGGUGUGCUAAAGCCAUCAGGGGUGAGAUUCGGCUCAGCCGAGAUCUACAACAUUCUCACACGCUUCUUCGCCUCUGAAGUCGAGGAUGCAGUUUGUAUUGGACGGAGACGGGAGACAGACUCAGACGAGACCGUAUGUCUCUUUGUGGUGAUGGUACCUGGACAUGAAUUCAGCGAUGACCUACGCCUAAGGAUUAAGUCCAAGAUCAAGUCUGAAUUGAGCCCUCGACAUGUACCUGGCGUCGUGGAGGAGUGCGGAGGCGGCGUCCCCAAGACUGGCAAUGGAAAGAAGAUUGAGGUCGCAGUGAAACAGAUCCUUUCUGGUAUGAAUGUCAAGACCAAUGCCAGUGUUGCAAACCCUGAAGCACUAGAUUGGUUUAAGAAAUGGGCAGAGACUCACUAGAGAAGUCCAAAUAGUUUGGGGAGUUAUAUCUUUGGCCGGAACUAGAUAAAACAUUGUCUAUGGGAUAUAGGAAGGCUACAUGGGUUAGAUACGAUGGCGUCGACAACGAAGUGACUGGCUGAUUUCUGGUUUCGCAAGUACACCUCCUUACUGCUCAAUCUCUUACACGAGUGCCAUCCGUGCUAAGAUUCCUUCUGUCAUGGGGACGCAAUAUCACUGUGUCGCCUGGCUCUCAUAAGAUGAAACCUCGCUCCUGUAGGUUGAUAUGAGUGAAUAAAAAGAUCGGAGCUCAACAACAUAUGAAUAUUGCUGGACAGUCUAAUGAAUAUUGCAGUAUCUAAGCACAAUGACAGAAUGAAGAUGACAAGAAAUCAUUUCUCAUUACUAAUGCUAUUCCCAGAUCUAUGGUAUAUCCCCCAUGCAUUGCGCGCAUAUAUCCCUUAAAACUCCACCCAUGACACAUAAAGACAAUACGUAGUUUCUUCUGACCUCGAGCUCAAAAGUGUACACUUCGCUUCUUCUGAACCUUCUUCCGCUUCUCUUCGUCCUUUCGACUGCUGAAGAAGCCACUGACACUUGCUGCCGCCGGUCCAGCAUAGGGACCCUGCAGUAGACCACCCAAACCAUGACGUUUCUUUCCAUUCUCACUGGGGCCUGGCUGAGCUUGCGAAGGAGGAGGAGCAAAGUUUGGCUGAGGAGCGCCAUACGGUGUUGGUCCAACACUGUUGGGUCUUUGGGGCAGGUUGUUUGGGGGGUUCAAUGCGCCUGACGCAAACUGCGGUCUGGGAGGUAAGGGUGGUGAUGGGUGACCCGGGCUCGUGGGACUCUGGAAGUCUUGCCCAGCCAUGCCGUAUUCUCGACGGAGCCUUUCUGUUUCUUGUUCAACCUCAGCAUCUCUCUUCCGACGCUCUUGCUCCUCAGUCUCGAGCAUCUUCUGGAUUCUCUUGCGUUCAUCCUCCUCUUGCGCUUCACGCUCAAGUCUUUUGCGUUCUUCCUCUGCGACCAUUGCUUGUAGGCGUCGUGUUUCCGCCUCGACCUCAGCUUCUCGCUGGGCUUGGUUGCUUGACUGUUGUGGGGAUGCUUGUGCACGAUGAGGUGACGAUGGACGGUUGUUAUUGAGAGCACCCGCCAUUGUUGGGCCUGCCGAGGAACUUGCUGCUGGGCGAGAGUUCUGGCGACGCCGGCCAUUAGAUGAGGAUUGGAGGUGGAAAGGAUCCUGGCUAGGGUUCAGAUAUAGGUCCUUGAUGGUCUCAGCGCUCAUAAGAAGAGCAAUCUCAAGACCCCUUCUAUCCUCGAUCUCAACGCGGGCCAUGUUGGGUUCAUAGAUGGUCAAAGUCGAGUCAUGCUUGGCGCGGAAAAAUGCUACCGUAAUAUCGGGUUCCUUGCUCUUUUUUCCACCCACAUUUCGUCCUGUCAUAUAGCAUGUCAUGUCCUUGCUCAGACGACCAUCACGUUUCCAGCGAAACACAACCUUGGGAACCAACUCGGCCAGAGAUGGACGAUCCUCCUGGUCAAUCUGGCUAGCACUGGGUAGCUUAAAGGAUCUCUCGGGAAGCUCAAACUCCCAAGCGCCCGUCUUUCCCCAACUUCCCGGUUGUUGCUUGACGGGUAUAGCCUGAUCGGGGUUGUACAGCGAAACCGCAAAAUUAUCUGGGAUGAUAGGUGUCUUGGGCGGCGGGUUUCCGUUUUGCGCGCGGAUUUCGGCGGCAGAGAGAGUGGGCGCUACCCAGUCAGGCUUGACAUCGACCUCUGCAUAUAUCACAGAUGUGUUCUGAGAGUCGAAUAUGCCGAGCGCAUAUUGGCCAUUGGCUUCGGAAGGCGCCGGUCGCUUGAUGAGGUACUCGGGCGUAGGAUCUGAUCCAUUGUGUGUGAAGUAGAGAAUAUUAUUGAGUGGAUUCUCUGAAGAGGUCUUGAAGCGAUAUGUCGGGAGGUUUUCGUCAAGCAUCUUGCCAACUGUAUUGGUUGUCUAGAGCUCAAUGCGAUUGUUGACUUGGUGUCGCAGGGCUAAUACGUGGGAUGACGUCGUAACCCGUCGGGUGUAACACAAGAAGUAUAAGAGGGUGUAAGUCGUAAGAAGUGAGUCGCUUGUGGUUCAGGGAUGGCUCAAGUAGGAAUUUGAGGAAGAGAGAUAGUUAUACGAAGUUGCAAGGAAAAGUCCGACAGACAAGACAAUUGCGCGGCAGGCUGAGACUUGGAGGCGGGGCCGCCUUGAAGCAGAUACAGCUUGUGACUGAUCGGGAAGUGUCACAAGGACUUUAAAGACUUGGCUGACGAAUGCGUAUAAAGGCAAUCAGAUAACAAAUAAUAAACUUACAUUUAAGGGAAUGAAUUAUUCUCGAAUAGCACAGAGACAAAGAACAUUCCUGUAC